AUGAAGUCCCGGUCCCUCUACGCCCGACGAGAACUCCAGGCCGCCGCAUUUGGUCUCCUGGCCGCCGCCCAAGAGGACGCCCGCCGCACCUCCGAGCUGCUGCCCCGCGAGGAGGCUGAGAAGCUGGGGGUGGUCUGGCGCGGCAACGCCUCGGAGCAGAGCUCUCACGAGCUGCUGGGAGACGUGGAGAUGCCGUCGGAGUUCACGUGGUGCGACAAGGAUGGCAAGAACUACUGCACCAUGUCCCGCAACCAGCACAUCCCCCAGUAUUGCGGCAGUUGCUGGGCCCAUGGAGCAAUUUCAGCUCUGGGCGACCGCAUCAAGAUCGCCCGACAGGGCGCGGGCGUGGACAUCAACCUGGCGGUGCAGCACCUGCUGAACUGCGGAGGUGUUGGCACCUGCAGGGGCGGGACCGUGGAUGGGCCCUACCAGUGGCUCAAGGGCAUCUCGGAGAAGGGCACGGGCAUCAGCUACGAGACCUCCAACCCCUACGUGGCCUGCAGCUCGGACUCCUCCGAGGGCUUCUGCCCCCACGUGGACACCUCCUGCAAGCCGGUGAACGUGGCACGCACCUGCGGCAGCUUCUCCCAGGAGGGUGGCCCCUGCACCGGCCUGUCCGACUAUCCCAACGCCACCAUCACGGACUACGGGUCCAUCAGCGGCGCGGAUGCCAUGAUGAAGGAGAUCUUCCAUCGGGGGCCCAUCAGCUGCGGUGUGGAUGCCCAGCCCUUGCUGAACUAUGAGCAGGGCAUCACGACGGACGAGGGCGAGUCCGUGGACCAUGUGGUCUCCGUGGUGGGCUGGGGCACCGACAAGAAGCAGGGCAUGUACUGGAUCGUGCGUAACUCCUGGGGUGAGUUCUGGGGUGAGAUGGGCUACUUCCGCGUGGCCAAGGGCGCCUUGAAGUUGGAGGAGCAGUGCUCCUGGGCGGUGCCCGGCUCCUUCACCGCGCAGGAGAAAGACAACCAGGCCGCCGCAUUUGGUCUCCUGGCCGCCGCCCAAGAGGACGCCCGCCGCACCUCCGAGCUGCUGCCCCGUGAGGAGGCUGAGAAGCUGGGGGUGGUCUGGCGCGGCAACGCCUCGGAGCAGAGCUCUCAUGAGCUGCUGGGAGACGUGGAGAUGCCGUCGGAGUUCACGUGGUGCGACAAGGAUGGCAAGAACUACUGCACCAUGUCCCGCAACCAGCACAUCCCCCAGUAUUGCGGCAGUUGCUGGGCCCAUGGAGCAAUUUCAGCUCUGGGCGACCGCAUCAAGAUCGCCCGACAGGGCGCGGGCGUGGACAUCAACCUGGCGGUGCAGCACCUGCUGAACUGCGGAGGUGUUGGCACCUGCAGGGGCGGGACCGUGGAUGGGCCCUACCAGUGGCUCAAGGGCAUCUCGGAGAAGGGCACGGGCAUCAGCUACGAGACCUCCAACCCCUACGUGGCCUGCAGCUCGGACUCCUCCGAGGGCUUCUGCCCCCACGUGGACACCUCCUGCAAGCCGGUGAACGUGGCACGCACCUGCGGCAGCUUCUCCCAGGAGGGUGGCCCCUGCACCGGCCUGUCCGACUAUCCCAACGCCACCAUCACGGACUACGGGUCCAUCAGCGGCGCGGAUGCCAUGAUGAAGGAGAUCUUCCAUCGGGGGCCCAUCAGCUGCGGUGUGGAUGCCCAGCCCUUGCUGAACUAUGAGCAGGGCAUCACGACGGACGAGGGCGAGUCCGUGGACCAUGUGGUCUCCGUGGUGGGCUGGGGCACCGACAAGAAGCAGGGCAUGUACUGGAUCGUGCGUAACUCCUGGGGUGAGUUCUGGGGUGAGAUGGGCUACUUCCGCGUGGCCAAGGGCGCCUUGAAGUUGGAGGAGCAGUGCUCCUGGGCGGUGCCCGGCUCCUUCACCGCGCAGGAGAAGGACAACCAGGUCCACUGCCACGAGGGUGGCGACAACUGCAAGCCGGCAGCGCAGCUGGUGGCCGCCGCAUUUGGUCUCCUGGCCGCCGCCCAAGAGGACGCCCGCCGCACCUCCGAGCUGCUGCCCCGCGAGGAGGCUGAGAAGCUGGGGGUGGUCUGGCGCGGCAACGCCUCGGAGCAGAGCUCUCACGAGCUGCUGGGAGACGUGGAGAUGCCGUCGGAGUUCACGUGGUGCGACAAGGACGGCAAGAACUACUGCACCAUGUCCCGCAACCAGCACAUCCCCCAGUAUUGCGGCAGUUGCUGGGCCCAUGGAGCAAUUUCAGCUCUGGGCGACCGCAUCAAGAUCGCCCGACAGGGCGCGGGCGUGGACAUCAACCUGGCGGUGCAGCACCUGCUGAACUGCGGAGGUGUUGGCACCUGCAGGGGCGGGACCGUGGAUGGGCCCUACCAGUGGCUCAAGGGCAUCUCGGAGAAGGGCACGGGCAUCAGCUACGAGACCUCCAACCCCUACGUGGCCUGCAGCUCGGACUCCUCCGAGGGCUUCUGCCCCCACGUGGACACCUCCUGCAAGCCGGUGAACGUGGCACGCACCUGCGGCAGCUUCUCCCAGGAGGGUGGCCCCUGCACCGGCCUGUCCGACUAUCCCAACGCCACCAUCACGGACUACGGGUCCAUCAGCGGCGCGGAUGCCAUGAUGAAGGAGAUCUUCCAUCGGGGGCCCAUCAGCUGCGGUGUGGAUGCCCAGCCCUUGCUGAACUAUGAGCAGGGCAUCACGACGGACGAGGGCGAGUCCGUGGACCAUGUGGUCUCCGUGGUGGGCUGGGGCACCGACAAGAAGCAGGGCAUGUACUGGAUCGUGCGUAACUCCUGGGGUGAGUUCUGGGGUGAGAUGGGCUACUUCCGCGUGGCCAAGGGCGCCUUGAAGUUGGAGGAGCAGUGCUCCUGGGCGGUGCCCGGCUCCUUCACCGCGCAGGAGAAGGACAACCAGGUCCACUGCCACGAGGGUGGCGACAACUGCAAGCCGGCAGCGCAGCUGGUGGUCUAA